AUGCCUAUCGGUAAAAUAGAAGUGUUUAAUAUCGAGUCGGACAGCUGGUCGACUUACGUGGAGCGGUUGGAACAGUAUUUCGUGGUCAAUGAAACAAAGGAGGAUCACAAAGUGCCUACGUUAAUAACUGUUAUGGGAAAUCAGGCUUACGAACUGUUAGUUACCCUUUGUACACCAGAUAAGCCAGCUAGUAAAAAGUUCGCCGAGUUAGUGAAAGUGAUGAGCAGCCAUUUGCAACCGAAACCGAGUUUGUUAGCAGAGCGGUACCGUUUUCGUAACAGGAAACAAAAAGAGGGCGAAUCUGUGGCGGAUUUUGUUGCAGAACUCAAAAAGUUAGCAAAGCAUUGCGUCUUUGGGGCGGAACUGAAAGAAAAUUUGAGAGAUCAGCUGGUGUGCGGACUUUGUGAUGAAACAAUACGGCAGCGUUUGUUUACCGAGGAUGAUAUUUCGUUCGACCGGGCAUUACAACUGGCGGUAGCGAUGGAGGCAGCGCAGUCAAAUGCGGCGGCAGUGGAUGGUCGGGAUAAAGGCAUAGAAGGCAAUCCGAGCACAGCGAGUGCUUGUCAUGCGGUAUCGGGGCAAUCGUGGCGCGGCAAGAGGGCGAUGACGUCAUACCGGGGAUCAAACAGCAAGGAUACGCGGCAGCCUGGCAACAGCGAAUACAGUGAAGUAUUUGCGGAGGGGCUCGGGCGGUACACGGGUGGCGAGGUGAGUCUGCGGGUGCGCGAGGGCGCGCGGCCCGUGUUCCUGCGCGCGCGACCGCUGGCGUACGCACUGCGCGAGCCGGUGGAGCGCGCGCUGGACCAGCUGGAGCGCGACGGCGUUAUUACGCCGGUGGAUUCGUCGGACUGGGCCACGCCGAUAGUACCCGUAGUCAAGACGGACGGGACCAUUAGGGAACUACACGUGGGCCACUUAGGAAUAGUAAAAAUGAAGGCCGUGGCCCGGAGUUACGUGUGGUGGCCCGGCAUCGAUGCCGACAUUGAGGCAUGCUGCGCGGGCUGCCACACGUGCGCGGCGGAGGCGCCGGCGCCGCCGCGCGCGCCUGUCAAGCCGUGGGAGUACCCCGGCGAGGUAGUUUCGGACAAUGGCCCUCCAUUUACCAGCAAGGAGGUGGACACGUUCAUGCGAUAUAAUGGUAUCAGUCAUAUUUUUACACCGGCAUAUCAUCCGGCCUCAAACGGCGCAGCCGAGAUGGCCGUUAAAUUAUGCAAAAGGGCUCUCAGAAAGGCAGUUAGGGAUAGCAUAAACGUGGAAGAAGCUCUUCAAGAAUAUUUGAUGGCGUACAGAAAUACUCCCACAGCACCACGGGACAAACACCGGCCAUGCUCCUACAGAGGCGGUCCUUACGCUGCCGACUGGACAUGUUGCGGCCCGCGCGCGGACUCGAACAACGUGUCGAGGCAGCACAAGAACGUCAAGUGCAGCAGGCGGGCGGUACUGCUCGGUCUUUUCGGGUAG